CGACGAAAUGUCGUUAGCUGCAGGUGUAUACGAUAAUGCCAUUGCCCAUCACUUUAAUUGGUACACGAAGAGACAUCAAAAUGGCGGAGACUUGCGCGCGCAGCAUUGAUAUAUUUUGACUAGAUGGCUCACCUCUCUUCUAUGCUGACACAUUAGGGCUCAUUCAUACAGUAUAUUAAGAUAUCCUGAUCUCUGUGUAACUGUGUCAAAAUAAUUAACGUUCGUUUUGUACGCUCGGCGUGUGUAUACAGUUAUCAAAUAGCCUACCAAAUGUGCUACAAUAAUCUGUGCGGACGCGUGUGUUUUAUUUCGUUUUUCGUAUUUAUAUUGCAGUAUAAAUUCGCAACAUGAUUUUGUUCGUGAUUUUCGCGUUUUUUUUUUUCGAAGUGAAAUGUGUAAAGUGAUUUUCGAUAUUUAUCAGUUCUUUAAGAAAACUAAUGCUAAAACUAAAAAAUAAGAAGGAGAUGGAGGAUGCAGCGAAUGAAACAAACUGCAAUAUCCUAGCUGAUACCAGCUCUGAUGGCAUACUCAGCUACAGCAGCAGGGUACGACCGUUAUCGAACCAAUAAGGAAUCGAUCGCAACGAGCGAAAUUGGCUGCGAAAGACUUCCGAUCGAAAAACAAAUCGCACGUAUCUUCGAUGAGGAAAACUCGCAGGCGAUAUGAAUGGCUACCUCUGCCAAACAGAAGCUUAACAGCGCCGUGCACGAUCUCGAUGUCACGAAGCAGACCGUGGAAAGUGCGGAGAACCGCGCACGCCUUCAAAUAAAGGCGAAUACUUCGAAGUUGCUGUGUAGAAAUAGCCGACGGUAUGCACAAGCCCUGCAUCGCCAAGCGGACGAGCUGUACGAAUGUGGCGAAUACGAGUCGGCAUUGGUGCUGUAUCAUCGAGCGGCCACUGUGUGUCCGCAUGACAGUAGCCACAAUGUGGCAGCGCGACGUACUACGGCCAUGAUAAGCUCGUGGAGUAAUCCGGAGAGAAGCUCAGCGAAGCUUUCGGUGAACACGAGAGACGAUGCGAUCUCGAAGGUGACUUUAUGUCUCAAGAGAGCGGCGCUCAGAGAGCGUGAUACUUCGGAGUCCUGUGAUAAUCUAUCGAUUACCCCUGACAUCCUCAAAUAUCUCGAUAUCCGCAAGAAGAACCCCCGCAAAACUUCUUCUACGCUAGAAUCGUUGGUCUCGCGACUGAGUCGAUCCGGAACGACGCUAAAGUAUAUUAGUCAUCGCGCCGAUGCGAUGCUGAAGAAUCUGAAAUCCAGCUUCAACGCCGGCAAAAUGAGGAUUUCUUUGAGACUCGCCGAAGAUUUGCUAACAUUAUCAUCCAGCCUGGAGGAUUUGCAUCGGCACAGGAUAUCGGCGUAUCAUUACUUGUCUCUGAUCCACGCGGCUUUGGGAAGACACGAUCGAGCUUGCAGCGCUGUCGCCAUGAUGGUGCGCUUGUCGAAGAGCACCGACGACGCCGCUCUUCUGUCGCGAGCUCUCGUAACGCUGGGAAAGGUGCAUCUCAGCUUUGGUCAUCUGGAAGCGGCCGCACGUGUCUGGGAGAGGCUGUCGAUUCACGUCGAACAUCCGGUGCUGCGAGCAUGGAUGCACCACGAGAUUGGACGCUGCCAUUUGGAGACGGGGAAGUACGCCGAGGCGUUGCGCAAGGCGGUGCAGUGUCGGGAGUGCGCGGAUGAGGCAAACUCGAAGAAGUGGACCUUUCACGCCGGCCUGCUACGGGCGCAGUGCCUGGCGAUGCUGGGUCGUUUCGCCGAGGCUUACAAGGAGCUGCGAGUUGCUGCGAAGAUCAGCGAGGAAGAGGGCGACACUCCAACGUUAUCUUACAUCCGAGAUCUAAUCGAGCAGCUGAGUCGUGCUUUGCGCGAAGUCACGUUCGCAGGCGAGGAUCGAUGUCUGAAGAGUACUCCUCGAAGGUUAUCACCGCGAAAGGAAGAGCUGGAUAUAUCCGAGGGGAACGAAGCGAUAACAACUUCGGGAAUUAGGAAAACGACGGCGCGCAGUAAGGGCGACGACGCCUCAACGCCGUCGUUCUGCUCCGAUUACCUGGACAAGAAGAUCCUCGAUCGACGCGAAAUAGAUGAAGAAUCAAGUUCGUUGGACAGUGCGAUGUCCUCCAGAAGUAAAAGAAGCAACUUGACGUACAUGAUCGAGUCACGUAUGAACGUCUCGAGCAAAGACAAGCCGGACGAAAUGAAGAUGUAUGACGACAAGCUGAUGGAACUUUUAUCACGUGAGUCGCAGAUGACGUUCAGAACAUGUGACGUAGAGUCCAGGCACUUCAUUGAUGAAGAGAAAAUAUUGGCCUCUUUGAAGCAACCGAUUGAGUGUUUCAGUAAUGUUGAAACGAAUGAUAGGCGAACUGAAUGCGAGACAUUCAGGAUCUCGAGAUCCUGCGAGAAUGAAUGGAGCAACUUUGACAAUGCUGUUAACAGGACAUACAGCGAUCCUGUUGCUCGAACCUCGCACAAACAUUUGUUAUCUUUUGGAACGCAAAAACAGAACGACGAAAAAGAAUCCUUCGUCCGCGAGCCAUUUUCCGGCUUCCAAGUACCCAUUUAA